AAAUAUUAAAUGCACAGCACAUUAUUCAUAAUUUCCAUUCUGUUAUUUUUUUCAUCUAACAGUAAUGCAGUCAGUGAAAGUAUCCAGCAAUAUACAGUUUGGUUAUUAAAUUAGUAAAUUUCCUGGGCAUCUUCUAGAAGCAUCAUGUUUUAUGUAGUUUAGGCCUUAUAGAGCUGUCUAAACUAAUAUCUAGAAUAAAACAUAAAAAUCCUUAGGAAUCAUUUUAGACGGAGGAGCAAUCCAAUAAAGUCAGCCUUUAUAUGGCAACGUGAGCAUGACACGUGUAUUCUAAUUGUACAAGGGGCAGCAUUUGCACAAGAAGAGUGCAUUUUUUAAAAUAUUAGAAGGGUUGUAGAGGCAGGAAUUUGAGUAAAAUUCUGGCUGCUCCCCAACCUGUAAGCAAUUGUUUGCAACUUCCUUUAUAUAGUUGGCAGUAAGUGGCUUCCAAAGAGUUUCCAGACUAUGUAGCUUAUUCUUAUUAUUGGUUCCUGCUAGACGUUGUUAGUUGUCUUUGUUUGCUAAAAGUGACUGUUAAACAAGGAAUUAAGCACGCGCACGCACACACACUUUUUUAUUAAAAGUCAGUUUCACAAGAGAAUGUGAAACUCUUUAUGAAGCCUCAUUCAUCCUGCCCUUAUAUUUCAGUUAUUUCAAUUGCUCUUUUCCUUUUUGUUGUCUUUCUGCAUCCAAAAACUUUGCUAACCAGGAUGCCUAGCUGCGUAGUUGGGCCUCCUCCUUCUUCUCAUCUGCCCACCCUGUGCUGAGGAGUUGCUCGCUACUAGCACCUCCUUCAUUUGGGCUCUGGGGCCGUGCGUCAGCGAAUCACAAAGUGUUGGAAUCUAUUGCCUUUGUCUGACAAGCCAUCCAUCUGCAUGCGGGAGGGGGAUCUGGAGGGGCUUUGCAGCUUUUAGAGAGACACACAUGAGGACACUAGGCUUUAUUUUCCAGUCCAGACUGUCAGUAAAAGCAUUAGCAGGAGAAUCUGCUCCUCCAAUCGCACCUAGAGAUAUCCACCACAGUCGCCUACCCGCCCUUCUUGUGCCACUCUCUGCGUGCUUGUAUACCCAUCUCUACGUUUGUCUUUGCUUGUAUAUUUCUCUGAGUCUACCUUACUCCAGGCUGUAACCCGUAUUUUCUUAUGCCUUCAAAUCUCUACCGAGACUCGCAGCCUCUGUCUAGUUGUGUCCUGUUUGCCGCAUCCUCUACAACUUCCAGCACAGACGACCUAGAGAAGGCUCGAUAGAAGAAGAGCAACCUGUAUCCAUACAGUCCGGACGUGUUUCAGCACCAUCUGUGUCCCGUUGGCAAAGCUUGAUCUCCCUGUUUUGUGAACCUGUGCUUGACCUCUUGGAGAAACCACUGGCCAUGCUAUCCACCUGUCAUACAGCGAUUACCUCCCCUUCCAAAGGACUCUGAGAGGACAUAGACACAUCAGCCAACUUCCGACUGACUAGUUUCGGUUAACACUUUUUGCAGAUUAUUUAUUUUUUUCAUUUUAUCUAAUUGCAACACGAGAGCCCGACACCAGGAGUACGAGCACUUAAACGUGUUAUCCUUUUCCGUUUGUAUUUUCCCAAGUGUUUAAGUUCAUCUCGAAAGGCGAGACGGCGGUUUCAACUGAUCUUGUUUCUUUCUUUUGCUUUCCUAUGGAUAUUCACUGCAAGGCAGAUCCUUUUUCAGCGAUGCACCCAGGCCAUGGCGGUGUGAAUCAGCUCGGAGGGGUGUUUGUGAAUGGCAGACCUCUGCCUGACGUAGUCAGACAGAGGAUAGUCGAGCUAGCCCACCAGGGAGUGAGACCCUGUGACAUCUCCAGACAGCUCAGGGUCAGCCAUGGCUGUGUCAGCAAGAUUCUUGGCAGGUACUAUGAGACUGGCAGCAUCAAACCUGGAGUUAUUGGAGGUUCCAAACCCAAAGUUGCAACACCAAAAGUGGUGGAUAAAAUCGCAGAAUACAAACGGCAAAACCCCACCAUGUUUGCAUGGGAGAUCAGGGACCGACUAUUGGCGGAGGGCAUCUGUGACAAUGACACUGUACCUAGCGUCUCCUCCAUAAACAGAAUCAUACGAACCAAAGUACAACAGCCCUUUCAUCCCUCACCUGAUGGAAGUGGGACUCCUAUUUCGGCACCUGGUCACACUAUUGUUCCUAGCACUGCUUCCCCACCUGUGUCCAGUGCCUCCAAUGAUCCUGUUGGAUCUUACUCCAUCAAUGGAAUCCUGGGUAUUCCGCGAUCGAAUGGUGAGAAAAGGAAACGUGAUGAGGAAUAUAAAGCUCCUCCCCCAGCCUGUGAAGUGGAACACUCCACUUUAACGUUCCCUCACGAGAUGACAGCUGUACGCAGGAUAAAAGCCCCUGCGGUUCUGAGAGCUGAUUGGCUGAAGUCAUAUGGAUCAGAUGGCUCUGGCCCAAAUGGAGAAACACAGAGUACUGUGGACACAUUACGAAAGCAUCUGCGUGCUGAUGCAUUUACUCAGCAGCAGCUGGAAGCUUUGGACCGUGUCUUUGAGCGCCCUUCUUAUCCCGAUGUCUUUCCUACAACUGAACACAUCAAAUCUGAGCAGGCUAAUGAAUAUUCUCUUCCUGCUCUGACUCCGGGACUAGAUGAAGUUAAGUCAAGUUUAUCAGCUGCCUCAAAUCCAGACCUUGGUACAAAUGUGUCGGGACCCCAGAGUUAUCCUGUAGUGACAGCAUGUUACCGCUCUUCUCUCAGUAUCAAACGAGAACCUGAAGAGGCAUCUCUGGCCCCUUUCACCCCUACUUCCCUUGCCAUAUCUGGGGUAGCUGAGCUACAGCAUCUUCAGCCAGCUCUGUCUGUUGAUGCUUCCACACCUUCCUACAAUACCUUCGGUCACCAUGAUGCCACGUAUGGGCAGCGCACCGGCCAACAUUUGCUAGCAGGUCGUGACAUGACAAGUACUACUCUUCCAGGAUACCCUCCACAUGUUCCCCCAACUGGACAGGGAAGUUACCCAACUUCCACACUUGCAGGGAUGGUACCAGGGAGUGAAUUUAGUGGAAAUCCAUAUACACAUCCACAGUACACAACCUACAACGAAGCCUGGCGUUUCAGCAAUCCUGCAUUACUAAGUUCCCCUUAUUAUUAUAGUGCUGCAUCCAGGGGCGCCGCACCUCCCACUGCUGCCACUGCCUAUGACCGCCACUAGUUACGAUGGAAACCACAUGAAACUGCAAGAUGAUGGCCUAGGCCUCCAUAUUGUACCAGUCUGAACAGCUUAAGUAUCAGUGGGAUGAAGAUUACUCCCUAAAACCAUUAUAUUUGUAGGUACAGUAUGAAGGACAGACAUGGCCACACCCCACAGCAACUGCAGCAAUCCUGCAAACUGUAUGAAAAGGCACAUUUGCAUUGAUUACAUCAUAUUGUUUUUACUUUUAAAUUACUGUGACUUGGCAGCAGAAAACUGUGUGACAGCAGAAAAAAAGUCAGUAAUAAGUAAAAGAAAAACAGUUGUACCUACAAGGAAUGGGAAAAGCAUGGCUGCUACUCAAGUUUCAGAACUGUUGUGAAAGUUGCUACAUUAAGGAUGGGGCAAAGUUUCAUUUGGAAGCCGUUGCUACAGAAGGCAGAGCACUAUGAUUUCUUGUUUACAACACACAAAAUAUACUUUAAAACUGAUGACAGACUCUGACAGUGGUUGAUGGGAUCAUAGGAGGUCUAUGUCCUCAUUCAAUUCUUUCUUUUUAGAACACAUCCUACUGCAAAACUGAUGGACUCUGCACAAAAAAAAAAAAAAAAAAAAGAAAUGCCAGCAUCACCUGGUGGACACGUACCUGUGAUACACAAUCAGUCAAGUCACACCUUGACUACUGAAUGCAAGAAUAAACAGAAAUACAAGCCUUUUUCUAUUACAAACUAGAAUAGACAUGAAAAACUCCCCCUGCUUUGUGGUGGUAAAUCAUGAAGGUCAAUAUAAUGACAAAAUACUGUAACAAAACAGUUUUUUAUAAAAAGAAAAAAAAAAGCUUACUCCAACAAAAUUCAUGCAAUAUUUGUUUUUCUUUUUCUUUUUUACUUUUUUUAUUUUGCACUAUGACUGGAAAGUUUGCCUGUAGGGGAUGGAAACUCAAAACAAUUCACUUGCAGUAAGUACAUUUCUGUGAUGUAGGAAAGGAUUUAUCCAUAGUAAAGACAGCAAGGAAAGAAAAAUUCUAAAUUUGCAGAAACGGCACUUAAAUAGGCUUUUGAGUAAAGUUUACAAUUGCUUGCUUUUGCCAUUGCUUCUGUAGAUUCUGUUCAACAUUUUUUAAGGUGGGGGUAUUACAACUAUCUCCCAAGAAUCUCUUGUAGGUGAAUAUAAUCAUUAGUUCUAGCUGGUAAUAUACCACAUAUUUCAAUAGUUUCAAACCACAGCAGCAUCACAUUAUAAUUGAUCAUAGCGUAAAGUAUUUUGUACUCCAUAAAGUUGUAUAAUCUGGUCUAACCCAUUAAGUAAAUUCUAAAAGUUGCACUUAUAAAGAAUAAAGCAUGAAACCCGCUAGCCAGUAGAGCUAGCUCAGUAGGUCAUUGUAGAUUAUAUUUUGUGUCUGCUUUUUUUUUUUGUUGAGCAUGGCUUUCUGAUCACUGAAACAGUGCUUGAUUACGAGCAUUCUCAGUUAUCAAGCCAACAGAAUUAGUAAUUUUCUUAAAAAUGCGGGGUCUAACACAUUCUUCAUGUAGCAUUAUCUAUAUUGAUGCAGUGCUGGUGACCAAGUUUUCUGCCACUGGUGAGGUCCAAUCAAAAAUGGUCUAGAAUGUAGAAUAUAAUCACAGUUCACCUUUCAGAUCUCUUCCCAGAAGUUCUCUUUUUUUUAUUCCACAAAAUUCUGAACAUUUUUUUUAGACAGACAGUAGUGUAUCGAUUUUUUAAAAUAACAUUAAAAAUAACAUUGCCUUCUGUAGAUUUUGGAAAAUAAUUCAUCAUGUCAUAUAAUCUGUCUUAUAAAUCAGUAAAGCCCUUAUACUGCCAAAAGUGUGCACUGCGUACAAAAAUAAAUUAAAUGAAUUCCCUGCCACUUCUCAAUAUUCAUGACUUUUUUCCAAAUAAACAGUUAGUAGAGGACAUGUUACUAAAGUACCUAUAGGCAAGAUAUAUAUUUAUGUCUCUUGAAUGUAUUUUAUAAACUUGAGUGUUCAAACACUUCUUUGUAACCAACUGACUUGGACUAUUACAAAAUUCACUUUUUCCAGAAUUCAGCAUAUUGUGCACUCCUAUUCAUUAAUUACAAUAUUCAUAACGCAACAUCGUGGCAUGCCUGUACUUUGCAUGGUCAUGUUUUAUUCACUUCCACUGAUUUGCUUUAUCCGUAUAACACCACCCAAGGCAUUCACAUUUAAUAAUUAAAGUUAAGACUACUUGGAAACUUACUUUUUUCCAGGCCUAUGAAAACAUUUUCGUAGUGUCUACUUGGAAGCAAAAUAACUAAAAUUCUGGAAAGGGAAAUAUUCUCAUAGAGUAUUAUGUUGCAGUUUACAUACAUGACCAGUUUAAUCACUGCAAAUGUUGCUUUGUUAUUAAAAAGUAUGCUUUGCAGAAUAUUUCAAAAUUAAAAUUGAAAAUAAUUUAUGUCUAAAGGGAAUUGAUGCCUCAUGAUUCUAUGGCAACUCCCCCCUGGAAAAUGUUUCAGCAUGCUUAGGACUUAGUGGCAUAGGUGUACAUGAAACAUAGGGGGAAGAUAAUCAGAAAGAUGGAACUGCAUUGAGAUACAUAAGCUCAUCUGCUUCAGUCACUCCUAGAAGAUGAAAACCACAGAAUAGGAGACAGGUAAGGAAACCUAGAAGAUACAGAGAGCAAAGGGGACACUUUAUCACAGGAAACAGAGGGGACAUGACACCAUAGAUAUCUGCUGCUGUAUGCAGAAGUGCUACUUUAUGUCACAUAAAUAUUUGCUUUCCUUUACCUGCACUGUUCAUUCUCUCAAACAGGAAAGUGCAAGUGAGCAAGUUGACAGUAAUGCACCUUUUAUCUAGCAGCCAACUAGGAAUAACUUAAUUCUCAUGCUCAGAAGUAUCUCAUCAGGUGCUAAUGGUAAUGGGCUCACAUGCACAAGUAACAGAGGUGAAUGUGCACUUACUGAGUGACCAGUGUGAAGAUGAGCAACUUAAAAAUGUUUGGAACAUGAUAUCAUUAGUAAUGAAUUCUAGCUGUCUUCAGCAUUCUGUACAAUUCUGCUAGGUAAUUCACUUAAAAAUACAUUGGCGAGCAUGGCCACUUUAAGGUUAUGAUAUUUUUUGUUUUCUCAGCAUUCUGUAAAAAUAAGCAAGAGACAAUCCUGCAUGCAUUAAAAUUCAGUUCAAAUAACUUUUACAAGUAACAUAUGAAAAACGCAGACUCUGUUGAUCUUGGUAAACCAUAAUGAAUACUAUCCAAGUCUUACAGUUAAAGAAAUUGGCAAAUCUGUGCACAUACUUAUCACACAGAAUAUUUACAAAAUUUGUAUUAGCUGACACUUUAAAAAUUAGUUUAAUUCAGGUGACAGAGAAGUGAUGCAAAUUUCACUAUGUGGUCAUUUGAGAACAAUUUUUUUUUCUGUUUGCAAUCUGUAAAGCUGUUCAUGGGACACUGAUUCACUAGGAGGUAGAGUAGUUGCUAGAUUAGCAGUGGAUAUCUAUUGAGUCAAACCCCAUGGCAUCAUCAGCUGUAAUGUCAUUGAUAUUGCCAUUAUUGGCAUUAAGUAAAAUAAUACCAUAAUUCUCAAGUCUGUUUCUGAAUAUUAAUAUGGUAAGAAGCAGGUUUACAGUAGGAAUAGUGUACUUACUGGACAUUAGUACCCCAAAUUCCAAGCAUGGUGCUGUUUGCAUACUGCACUACUGUAACUAAAUUAUAUAUAGCUUUGCAGGGAUGUAAAGUGUUACAAGCAUAAAUGUCAACAGAUUAAAUUUUAAAGGAAAACUCCACCAAAAGCAUGCUUUUUAUUUUUCAUAUUUUGAUAUUCUGUGAUGCCUCAGAAUUACUUUGUUACUUGUUACAUUUUGAUCUCUUUUGUCUCAAAAUGGAUGUCACAGUUCUGUCAUUAUUCUGAUUUCCAGAGCAAUUUGUGACCUCUUUAUGUAUUAAAUCUCAAGUGUUAAUAAAGAAGAUUAUUUUUUUUCAUUUAGAUAGAGUACUAAUUGUAGCUUUUCAGACAUACUGUGGAUGCCAUGCAAUUUUGUUUUCUAUUAUAUAACCUUUACAAAAUUGUUCAUGGUACAUUUAAAGCAUCAUAACAAACUAGAAAUUAGGGGAGUUUUGUUAAUUAUUCAAAAUUGUAGUCCUUAAACAAUUACCAGAAUUUCUACAUACUCAUCCUGAGGUGUCACACUUCUCAAUUCAGUACAGCAGUUACGGUCAUUCAUCUUUAGCUAAGAGUGGACACUUAAAAGAGUUAGCAAAGUUGGUGGUGUUUUAGACUGCCUUUAAUUUAUUGGCAUUUAUAUAGAUAAAAAUGACACUUCCCUGGCUAAAACGAGAGUGCUUAGCACUUUGUUUACACAGUAUUGCACUACUAACUCACUCUUAUUCUUUGUAUAAAGAGUUAUAAAAAAAACUAUUUGAAAAAGAAUUUUACUUUUAGUGUUAAUGUAUGCAUUUUAUAGCACAAUACUGACCUCUGCAUGGUACAUUCUUAUAGGUUCAUAGGCCUAUAGGUGGUUACUCGCCUAAGACCCAAAAUAAUUUUAAGCUUUGCCAAGCUUAUUCCAUUGGAAUGAAAAUUGGAGGAACAAUGACUAAUGUUAAAAACUACAGAAAAUUGUAUUUUACCCUGUGUUGCAUAGCCUGAAAAGAAUUUCUUCAUGAAACAGUGGGAGAUUUUGAACAGGCAAAAUACGGUAGGACUCUAUGGCAAGGAAAAAUAGAAGUUAAGAAACUGAAACCUAAUUUUUGAUUUUUGGGCAUUACAUGGCACAUACGUAUUAUUAUACAGAAAAUAACUCUACAGUAAAAUUAACUAACUGGAUGGUGGAGUUUUCCUUUUAAGUCAUAUUAACAGUAUUAACAGUAUGUACAAGGACUCUUCAACUGCUAGUCGGUAUAUCCUUUCAUUUCUUAACAUUUCUCCUCAUCUCAAAACAUUCUAAGUAGUUAUCAGUUUUCAUCUGUUUUUAUAAUUUCUUCCAGAAUUUAAAUUAUAAUUCUGCUUUUUGGCACCACAAAUUACAAAUAAUCCCUGCUGUUGAUUAUUUUAUGUGGAAAAAGUUGUUGAAGAAACUUUUGAAAGACAAGUGUCACCUCACUUUUAUUCAGUUUGUACAUGCAUUCAUUUUUAAUGAAAAGUGAAUACAAAAACUGCAGACUCCAAAGUGUUUGUGUAGGCAUAAAUUAAAAAGUCUUAACAAAACUAAGAAAAUAAAUAAUCUCCAUUAAUUUCUUUGGUAAUUUACAACACAAAAAAACAUGAUAAAUAUCCAGUGUUUAACUAAAGGCCAUUAAACUUUUGAAAUUACUUAAAUAGUAUGAGUAUUCCAUGUUAUUCAAGUGUUACAAUGCAAGUAAUAAUGAAGGUAAAUUCCAAACUAAAAAGUAGCACAAGUUGUUUUCUAUACAAGUAUUAUAUCAUUAGCAUUCUUGAGACUGAAUCUAGUUAAUUUAUUUUAAAAUGUUUCAGAAGCUGUUGUUUGUUUAUGCAUUCAUAAACUCAACCACAGGGUGAAAAUCAAUUUAUUUGACUCUGACUUGACAAGUUGCAAAAUAUGCUGCCAAAUCACAUGCAUUAUGUUACUCAGGACUCUUUAUCAUACACUGUAGGAUGUGGCUUGGACAAAAUAACAAUAGAAAAGAAAGGAAAAAGAAAAAAAAAAUAAAGCAAGAUAUCAUUGUUAGCACUUACAAGAUAUGGCACGUCCAUUCUAAAAAAAAAAAAUCUGAUUGCCUACCAGAAGCAAUAAACACACACACACACAAUUCACUUGCAGCAACACACGUGCAACAGUAAAUCUAUCCCCCCGCCAAGACUUUCCUCUAACCCAGAAAAAACUGUCAUAUGCACACACGUUCUGAUCCUUUUAUAAACAUGAGCAUGCAUGCACCCCCCCAUGCACACUUGCACAUGCACAAACAUGCAUGCACACACACCACUAAUUUAGUCCCCUUGUCUGGCCUUUAUUCUGUCUAUAACAUGCAAGUACACACACACACACACACACACACACACACACACACACACACACACACACACACACACACACACACACACACAAACACUCUCUGACCUAAUGCUGAAACUUUUGUAUUUCUGACAGUUUCGGCAUUCGAACAAAACCACACUUAUUGUCAUGCAAGUACAUCUCACAUAUUGCAGGAGCAGUUGAUAUUUUUACCUUUGACAUUUUUGGCAAUAUUGACAACUGAGUGCUUUCACUCAAAAAACACAGCCAUAAACUCUGUCGACUAAAGGCACAUUCAACAGAGUUUACUGAAACCCCCCCCCCCCCAGACACACAUACACACACACACACACACACACACACACACACACAC